GGCCUAUGAAAGAACGGUUGGGAUCAGGGGGCCCUGGCAAAUCCGAGCGUUUGUUUCCGAGCCGAACGUUGCUGACAGGAAGGGAGACCGUUACUAUUAUCGUUUUUUUAAAAGUUCAAAAUUUUGACCCUUCUCUGAAGUGCAGAGGAGAACGAAGAAAGAGAACGAGAUCUAAGACAUCCAGAGUUUCCAUCAGAGCCCAGACAAACUUGCAGUGGAUCAGAUGUGGUUAGACUUCGUUUGAAGCCCCCAGUGAAGUUGAAUUUUUACGCUCUGGAUUGGGCAGCGAGGAGCACAUCAAACAAUAUUUUUCUAAGGAAUUGAGCAGAUGAGUGACAGCUGAUACUGAUUCCAUGGGGAACAUUGUUGGUUCAUUUGUUUCAGGCUUUAUUAAAGUUGUCGGUGACUUGCUUGGAGCUCCAUUAGAUUUUCUUUCUGGAAAAUCUUGCGGCUCAGUAUGUGGUUCAACAUGGGAUUUAGUUUGUUACAUCGAGAAUUUCUGCAUUGCCAAUCUUUUGAAGAUGCUUGCUGUCUUAGUCCUCCUUUAUAUUGUACUAUUGUUCUUCUACCUUCUAUACAAAAUUGGUAUCUGUCACUGCAUUGGUAAGGGUACGUGCAAGAUGCUAUGGGCAUGUUUGACAUCAUGCUUCUCGAUCUGCAAGUAUGUAUGCAUGUCUUUAUGGUUUAAGUCCAAGAAUUUGAAAAGAAUGAAUGAGGAGCACCUAAGAGAUAUCGAUGACUACUAUGAUUCCACUACAAGCAAUGAUGACUUGGAAGAUACAAUAUCAUAUACGCAUAAACCAAGGUCGUUAGAGUUUCGAAAAUUAUUCUCUCAAAGAUCAAGAGAACGCAGAAGGAUUCACUUGGAGAGGUCUCUAAGGCCAAGGAGUCACCGAAUAAGAGUCGGGAUUAGCUACAUGGAUUCGAAUGAGAGAGACCCAAGAAAGCAUCAUAGGCAUGCAGAUGCACUCCAUAACAUUAAGGUUACUCACACAUCCAAAUUUGUGCAGAAAGGCAAUCCAAAACGUAUUCACUAUAGGAAGUGGUGAGGAUCCAAGAGAUGGGAAGUUUUCUCAUUCAAGCUCUAGAUUGUACGAUAAUAAUAAUGAUGUUUUCAAUGUUACCUGUCCUCAUGUUUACAUUUGUCCUCCAUAUUUAAGAUUUGGCAAGUUAUUGGCU